AUGUCGUCGCGAGGAGGUCGCGCAGCCUCAACACCAUGGGGUCGCUUGAAGCCACUCAAUCUGGAUCCCCUGGAAGCCAUAGGGUUGCCAUCUAAGGGAGACAAAAGACUUCUUGAUUACAAGGCCCAGGAACGCUAUUACACGAAGAUUGUUGAGCGGUACAUGGAAUUUUGCACCGAUGCUGGACGAGGCGACGAGCUUUCGCGACGACUUGCGCGCAUGGACACAUCGCAAGGGAAUGCGAGGAUCGAGAGGCCGCAGACCGCUCCAAGUGCCAGCGACAUGUCUAUCGACGCCAGCCUCGGGCAAAAAGAUCUCGCCACGUUGAUGAUGGCGAUGAGGAAGUUGCGAGAAGGAAUCGUGGCUUCGCACCGGGUGGAUGAUUUCUCCAUACAGGCCUACAUCUUCUGCAUUCGGCUGUCCAUACUGGUGAAGCAUAUGGAGUCCUAUCAUCCCGCGAUCCUCCACCUCCUUAGAAAGAUGCAUCCCGUCCAGGCUCUUACAAGCAUGGAGCUUCAAGAAUUUGUGGGAUAUCUGGUUUUAGAUCUCGCAUGUCGACAGAACAACCUGGCGGAGGCUUUCGCCGUCAGACAUCAGUACAGGCUACACGACCCGAAAGUAGAUGCGGUUCUACGGUCCCUUGCUCAUGAUAAUUACUUCCUCUUCUGGAGAGUGAAGCAAAGUGUUGAUGGUCAUAAGGCAAAGCUCAUGGAGUUCGCACAGGACGACAUGAAGAGGCAGACUCUGAAAUGCCUUGGUCGAGGUUAUUUGAGCAUUGACAAGCCUUCAUUGGAACAGUACACGAAUACCUCGUGGGCUUCUCUGACCAAGGACUACGGAGUUGGAUGGCAAUUAGAGGGUAACAAUGUUAUCAUCCGAAAGCCGAAGGUCCGUUGA